UACGUUACAGGACAAGUUUUGGAUAACCAGAGUCGGGCUCCUUGGCGUUUGUCAUCUAUAACAGAUUUCUUCUGGUCGAUAGCAGAUUUCGUGGUUCUGUUUUUCCAGAGCAUUAUUCAACCAGAUUUGAGAAGAAGAGGCUACACAUCUUCCUCCUAUUCAGGAUACAAUGAUGGAAGAGGGCCUCCAGCACAUCCUCGCCGAAGGAUGGGUCGAAUAAAUCACUGGGGUGGAGGCCCCAGUCCACCACCAAUGGCUGGAGGUGGAUGA